GUGGGGUGUGCUGUCACGGGCAAGGCUGAAAGUACCCCGACCGUUCUUGUUCUUUUGCAAACUGUUUUGUCGCUUCUCGACUCUACGCCCCGGAACGCUGAAGACAGACACUUGAGCCGAAGCUCAUAAUGGAGGAAAACCCAGCAGAAGACGAAGAAACGACUCCGGGCCGCCAAGCCGGUUGAAGGUGGCAUCCUGCGAUGAGAAAGAGGCGAAAAGGAGGUUUUUCCUAAAGGGAAGGGGGUGGGUGAGAAGGGGGGAGACCGGAGCGCGGGGCCUCCCACUUCCCCUGGUUGCUUGUCGGACUGCCACGGCUCACACGGACUCUCGAGGAGUCACAAGCUCCUCAGACAGACGGCGCACGCACACGCACACACGCACACGCACACACGCACACGCGCUCGUGAUCCACCGUUGCCCAAGGGGCUGGGAGACGGAGAGCAGGACAUCAUGAAGCACCGAUCUGGACUUGCGGAGACCAGGACCAAGGGGGCAGAAGUAGGCCAGGGAGCCUGAGGCGAACCAGCCUUCAAGAUCUGACCUAAAUCCACCAGGAUGAUGGAAACAGAGGUUCUGAUUCCAGGUGCAGGACCUUCCUCGGGGGCCACGGUAGGCACCCGGUCCCCAGGGAAGGUAAAAGCCACGUCCAACACACCUCAGGGAUUCACGCCUUCCAUCGCCCCGCUUCCCGUCCCCUCCUCGUGCCCACACUGGGGGUCUCCGUCCGCACAGGGCACCAGGUCGACUCCAGGUAUCAGCGUCUUGGAGAAGCUGAUAAAGACCUGCCCCGUGUGGCUACAGCUGGGCAUCACAGAGAGCAGAGCCUCUCUCAUCCUGCAGAGGGAGCCACCGGGGAUAUUCUUGGUGAGGAAAGAUGCCGAUCUCAAGAAGAUGGUCCUGUCAGUGCGGCUCUCUGGCCAGGAGGGAUCGUCGCCGAUUCAGAACCUGCUCAUCAAAGAGGAGAAGUCAUUAAUGUAUCUGGAAGGUUCCUUCCUGGUCUUUGACAACAUCUUCAAACUCAUCGCCUUCUACUGCAUGAGCCGGGACAUCCUCCCAUUCGCUCUGAAAUUGCCCCGAGUCAUCGUCCAGGCAACCAAAUAUGAUGAUAUGGAGAUUAUCUCAAGCCUGGGUUCAGGUUUCUGGGGCUCUUCCUUAAACAGGCCCUUAGAGGCAGUAGAGGGCGGCGCCAGCAGCAGUCACCGCUCUUGCGAGGUCGAGCUGCCUGUCGGAAGCAGCAGUCUGUGGUACGUGAACCCUGUGCUCAUCGAGGAAUUCCAAGACAACCUCCCAGCUACCACUUCUCCGCCGGGCCCGGAGCAGCCGAAGUACAAGAGGCCGGCCCCGCUGCCCCCUCGGCCGCACCGCCCCCCGCCCCGGUCUGACGCUCUCAGGGUUCUGAGAGAGGAAGGAAGUUGCAGCCAGCGCAGAGAGACCACCCCGGGUAUGGAAUUAGACGCGGCCGACGCGCCAGGCACCUGCCAUCCUGCGGCUUCUCGCCGCAGACUCUCAGAACCGCAGCUGGAGGAGCGAGCCGCACAGGGCGGAGAAGGUGAUCGUCGAAACGAAAGUCGACAGUCUGACCCAGUCGCCGCCCAGCUGCGCGUUGAUUGCGCAGCCGCAGCCAAGAGGCCCCCUACGAGAGAAGUUGGGGUGCAGCAGAAAACGGACAUGACGGACAGCGUUCCGGGCGCAGCUGUCGUCCACGAUGCAGGGCGGAAGGCGGCCCCGGUCCCCCCACCCAGAAGGAAGAGGUUCUCGCACGUUGGCGUCCAGCCGCAGUGUUCGGUAUCGGAGGGGAAGCCACGAGGGGCUCAGAGGAGCCCAGCUGCAAGGCGAAAUCACUCCUACGUGCCAAGAUCCUCCAGGCACUCUCAGGCCUCAAUGUGUAUGGUGGCCCCCAAGGGCCCGGAUGUGUCCCUGUAUUCCCCAGAGGGCGGAGCCCCAAGCCUGAACCACGAGUCGCAUUCCGCCAGCAGCACCGAGGAGGAGGCUGAUGGGCAGAGCGGAGCGAACGUCGCACUGCCCUUCAAGCGCAGCCCCACCUUGAUGCUGGACCGCGCCAAGAAGAGGCUGUCCCGGGUCAACCUGUCGUACAUGUUUACGGGUCUCAUGAGCCACGAGCACAAGCUGCAGAACCGCAUCGUGCAGCUGGCCCGAGACAAGGACUCGUAUUUCGGGAACCUGGUGCAGGACCACCGCACCUUCACCCUCGAGACCAUGCGGAAGCACGGCACCAGCACGAAGAUGCUGCAGGAGAUCCGGCAGAUGAUGACGCAGCUGAAGUGCUACCUCAUCCAGAGCACCGAACUUCAGGCCCAACCGGAGUCCGCCAUGUACCCAGAGGAGAAGUUAGAGGCGAUCGUCGAGGCCGCGCUGGUCAAAAGCGUGCUGAAGCCCCUCCGGGAGCCCAUCUACACCUGCCUGCGGGAGAUCCACACAAAGGACACUUCAUUUGCACGGCUCCGCGACAACCAGCAGGUGGUGCUCAACACCACCACCACCGACCUGGGCGUGACGACCAGUGUACCGGAAGCAGCCGAACUGGAGAAGAUCCAGCUCCGCCUGGACUUGAUGCACAAGGAGUACUCACCUGAGAAGAAGAUCUCCACCUUGCUCAAGACUUGUAAGAUGAUCUAUGACUCCAUGUCGGUGGGCUGUCCAGCAGGGAGGACCCUUGGCGCGGACGACUUUCUGCCGGUGCUAAUGUACGUGGUUGCUCACUGCAACAUUGAGGCCCUGAUGCUCGAUGUGGAAUAUAUGAUGGAGCUGAUGGAUCCGGCACUGCAGCUUGGAGAAGGAUCCUACUACCUGAUAACUACAUACGGUGCCCUGGAACACAUCAAGAACUAUGACAUUCUGCCAAUGACUCGGCAGUUUAGCCUGGAGGUCCAGGACUCCAUCCACCGCUGGGAGAAGCGUCGUACGCUCAACAAGGCCCAGAUGUCCAGCUCUUCUGUGCAGGACUUCAUUAACGUGUCCUUUCUGGAGGUGGGCGCUAACACCAAGACCCUGGGCGUGCAAGCCAGCACCACCACCGAGGACCUCUGUGGCCAGUGUGCUGAGAAGUUUGAGAUCGCGGAGUCAGAGGCCUACAGACUGUACGUUGUGGUGGAGGGAGUCCACCGAUCCCUGGCACCCGAGGAGCUGCCCCUGUCCGUCAAGUCCAGCUUGCACCACAGCGAACAUCGCGGCCAGUACCACUUUGUGUAUCGGCCAGCAAUGCACGAGCUGGAAACUGACCCCACCCCCUGUCUCGUAUCGCAAAGUGCGGACGCACCUGUCGUUCCCUGCGCUUCAGCAGAAUGAGAGCGAAUGCAGUUUCUACGCGCCGUUCCCGCGGAAUAGACACUGUGUCUUAUUACUCAAACGCUACGCUGCAGAAAUCGUUCCUCCGAAGACAACGCAGUAAGUGCACACAUAUGGCGGAGGCACAAAUGAGCACCGCAGGGGGCGCUCUGCGAGUGUCGCACCUGGAGACAGAGACUGAUGGGGACUGACGUGUCAUUAAUGAGAUAAGCCUUGGAAUCGAUGCUGAUGCUAACCGUUCGUCAAGUCAUAAUACGCCCUUUCCCUCCCCACAUUGUUCUGCAGCACCUUAGUGAAGGGCUCACACGCUCUCAGGUCAGCCCUCUCUUGGUACUGUUUUCCGAAUGCUACAGCUUCUUCCCUCGCAUUUGUUUUGCUCCUCUGGAAAAGCCUCUUUGUGCUCGCCAUUCUUUCCAGCUCGAAUUUUUCUAAUGAAUCCUAUUACGUUAUGUUUCGGGAAUAAAAGAGCAUACAUAUUAUGUAGCCGUGAUAAACACAUUUCAGCAUUUCUGGGGCUGAUAGGCAAGGCUAUACAUGUAUUUAAACUGCAGAUUAUUAAUAAUGCCAUAUAUAAUUUAGUUUGGGAUAUCCGAAAAAUAAUGGGUUCCAAAAUCCAUCUAUUGUAAUGUUUUCUUAUAAUGUUGCCUUAUAUAUUUUACACCAUACCUACAUGCAUACAUAUUUACAUAUUGCAUAUAUAUACAGUAUAUAUACACACAUUUAUACAUAUACAUAUAUAUAUAUAUAUACAGUGCCGUAAAAGUUGGAGAAGCCAAAGGGAGUAAAAUUCUGGUUUUCGAGGGCAAAAAUCGAAAACUUUUGAUUUAUGCAUGAACCCUUAGGUGAUCCAACUAGAUAAUUUAAGAGCUGAGUUUGAGACAAAACCUGUAAACCCCGUAUUCCUGGAACAUCAAAGUCCUAUAACGUUGCAAUAAUCAGAGGACGACACAAGGCACAACACGUACAUAUACACAUUUUUAUAUGUUUGUACUUACUGCUCUUAGUUGACUGGAAGUUUUACCAAUUACACAACAGGGAAAAUUUAAAAAUACAUGGAAGCAUCACCUUGAGCACAUACAUCUGCCAAGCAAAGAGAAGAACACAGAAAUAAAACCUGUCUAA